AUGGCCUCCAGUGCCUCUACAACUACAGCUGCUGGAGUAGGUCUGCCUUGGGUGGAGAAGUACCGCCCAAUUUCACUCUCCGAUGUGGUUGGCAACGAGCCUGCAAUGCAAAGACUACGGGCCAUGGCUGAGGACCGGCACAUGCCCAACCUACUCCUCUCGGGGCCUCCUGGUUGUGGGAAGACCACCAGUGUGAUGUGCUUAGCAAGGGCCCUGCUGGGAGAGGACCUAGUCAAGACCGCGGUACUAGAGCUCAAUGCCUCUGAUGAUAGGGGUAUCGAUGUGGUUCGCAACAGAAUCAAGACGUUUGCUCAACAGAAGAUAUCUCUGCCAGCUGGGGGGUGUCAGCAGAAAAUUGUCAUCCUGGAUGAGGCCGAUUCGAUGACCGAAGCCGCUCAGCAGGCUAUGCGGCGGACGAUGGAGAUACAUUCGGCCACCACAAGGUUCGCCUUGGCCUGCAAUCAAAGCACCAAGAUUAUAGAGCCCAUACAAUCCCGAUGUGCUAUUGUGAGGUUUAGUCGUCUGAAGGACUCGGACAUUGAAGCCCAGGUGAAAAAGGUGGCAGAUAUGGAAGGGGUACAGCUACGAGGUGACGGUUUGGAGGCCCUCAUUUUCACGGCAGAGGGGGAUAUGCGCGCGGCAUUGAACAAUCUUCAGUCUACUGCGACUGGCUUUGGUGUCGUCACUAGAGAGAACGUGUUUAAGGUUUGUGAUCAACCACAACCAGGCGAGCUUAAACAGGCGACGCUGGACUGUGUGAAUAACGAUUGGUGUAGUGCCUUUGAUAGGCUCGACAAGAUUACUGCACAGGGGUAUAGCAUUGGAGACAUUGUUGGUACCUUGGAGAGGGUCAUACGAAAUCUGCCACCGGAAGAGCUCAACGAGGCUAUCAAAAUCGAGUUUCUGCAAGCAAUUGCAAUGUGUAGACUACGUAUGAGCGAAGGGCUGCAAUCACGUGUGCAAUUAUCAGUUUACGUUUACAUGCCAGUGUUGAAUGCUUUGGACACGCCUUUAGAGAAAAGUGAGGAGCCUCUGGAGAGGGAGGUGAUCGAUGCUGAGCUGCAGAGGUUGUUGGAGGCGAAGCCUGCCCAGAUGUCCUAUGAUGAGUAUUUGAAGUGGUACGUGGCAGUGAAAAACAUCCAACGCUUUUACCGAUCGCCCGUAAUAGAGCCUCUUAUGUUCAUCGAAGGAUUCACUGAAGAAGACCUUGAGAAGGCGGUCGGAGGCAGUACACGGCAACAAGGGGUGACACGCGAGUUGGAUAAUAAAAAACUGCCAACAACGUCAACUUCAUGGUCUUCAUCUGCCAUGGCCACUACAAGUGGAUGGUCAUCGUCUACUGUUCCCAAGCAGAACCCGCCCUCGACGGCUUGGUCAUCAUCUACUGCAGUGACAUCGACAUGGUCAUCUGCGGCGGCAACUCAGUCUUCGUCUUCCACGAAUGGAUGGUCCUCAGUUUCGUCGUCGAGUGCUGAUAAUAGUAGUCGCACUGGUGGUGUGUGGUCGUCCUCGUCGUUCCAGGGUGGCUGGUCCAGCAAAAGAUGAUGAUAUUAUUCGCGCGAUC